AUGCGCAUCGCCUUUGUCACGAACCCCGCGUCAGGCGAGGUGAACAUCCAACUGGCUACGGCUCAGGAACUGGUCUUGCAGGGACACGAAGUGACGUUUCUGUCGGGAGGCUCAUGCAGCCGCAAAAUUGACUGGCUUCGAUCCGUGCUGGCUCCUCAGCUGCGGCACAAUGUUCACUUUAUCAACCUGGGUUCUGGGCAAGCCGUGGAUGAUUUCGCAGAGCUUUGCCACAAUCGCAUAUCUUCGAUGCGUAAGCCGCCAGGCGACCCGACUAGUUUGCGGACCUGCAUGGAGGGAGCACUCGACGAGGUAGAGAAGCACGCCGCCAUGGCCGUCGAGGUGUGCGACUACUUGAACGAGCUCGAUCCAGACAUGGUUUGUGUCGAUGCCCUGUCAUCCACGCUCAUCACGGGCAUUCGCUUAACCGGGCGGAAAUUCAUUCUCAUGAUACCGUGUUCGCCUGGAAUGACGGCCCUGUCCGGGGCCUUGUCGCCGCACCCCGUGGCUGCAAACAGAGACGGUUCAUGGAAGACGUUCUUGGAAAACCUUUAUCUGCGUACUCAUGAAUUCAUCUACAGCCGCACAAACAAGGCUCGCAUUGCCAAGCGGCGAAUCCUCCUCAGGCGCUUCGGCUUGAGGUCGUACGGCACAUCCGGCGACACAUGGCUGCUCCCGCCGCACUGGGAAGACGACAACUGCGUGGCGGGCAUUCACUUCAACACGCCCGGGCUGCUGGACUGCCCCAAGCAGCCGUCGAAGCUGGUUUUUGUGGGAGCGGGCGUGGCCUCGAACCGCGCCGACGUCACCAAGGCCGCGUCUUGCCCGGAAAUGGAGUGGAUGGACGAGGCGCUGGCUCUGGGCAAGGACGUCAUCUACAUGAACAUGGGAUCUAUGUUUAUCUGGCAGAAGAAGGAGUUUUGGGCCUGCAUCGGGGCGUUUGAGGCCAUCUACAGGAAGAGGCAGGGCCGCAUACGGUUCCUGUUCAAGAUGAACGCGCCGCCGCCGGCAGUCAAGGAGGCCAACCCCCAUCUGUUUUCCGUCACGAGCGGCGAGCUGCCGCCGUACGUGCGGCUGACGAGCUGGAUUGAGGACCAGCACGCCGUCUACUCCCACCGUGCGCUGAAGCUGUUUGUGCACCACGGCGGCGGCAAUUCCUUCAACGAGGCCGUCUACUUUGGCGUUCCGCAGCUGAUACUCAGCCAGUGGCUGGACACGCACGAGUAUGCCAUGUGCGCGGAAAAGUUUGGCAUCGGCUUGCGCAGCGCCCGUCCUCCGCUCAUCCAGCAAGACGAGAUGGAGGCCAGGGUGUUGGCCAUCCUGGGUCCGCAGUGGCCAAACUUCAAAGUCAACUGUCAGGCCUGGGCGAUGCGAAGCCAAAUCGGCGGCGGCACCGUGUCGGCGGCCAAGAUCAUCCUCGGACACGCAGAGUCGGCCGUCCUGUCGGAUUCAUCGACGGUGUCGUUGCCUCUGACGCCCAAGGCGGAGCCGUGCGACGUCAAGACCAUGGACGAGGAAGUUGAUUUCGAGGGGAACCUUCUCGAGCAGCCAAAAUGGGCCGCGGUAGGUUGUUGA